AUGGUGAGGAUUAGAGGAGGAUCCGUGAGUGCCGGACGCACCUUCAAGCUUCAUGAUGAGGAGGAUGAAGAUGUUCAAGUUAUCGAACCAUCCGUCAAAUCACCCAAAAAGAAAACUGGAAAUCGUGGUGGAAAAACGAAGCAAUCUGCAAGGAAAAAGCAGAAUGCGCAAACCAGAGAGCCAUCGAUUAAACCAUCUGAUGAGCAGAUGGAGGAGCAUCAAUCUGAAGGGCAUCUAGUAAGUGGCAAUGAAGAAGAACUGGAGCAGCCUACCAAUGAUGCAGAGAAAAAUGCUGAGAAACAGCAAGCUGAUGAACCAUCUACCAGGAAGUCACCAAGGACAGGGUCUGGUGUCCAGGGUACUGCACCAACUACUCAACGCAGUGGAAAAAGAAAGCAUCCAGAAAAUGAACAACCAGAGACCCAAACUGCUGUUGAACCAACUCCCCUGCCCAAGUUCAUCGAUGAUGAAGCCAGGGAGAGAAGGUCAGCCUCUAUGCAUACUUCAUCCAACCUUGAGGUCAUCUCUCUGCUUGAUGACUUCAAACAACAUAUCCUGCUUCUUGAAGAUGGCUUGAUGAUGACCAUGACUUCUGAUCAACAAGCCACCUUCGUUGCCAAAAGGAAUCUGCUUGUACCUCCCAUUCCUCCAGAAAAUGAAAAUGCACACCGAAAAAAGCCUAGAACAAAGCCAACCACUGAGGCUACCCCAAAGUACUGUGCCUCCAGUUCUCAACCACAGGACAAGGGAAAAGCUCCGGCAACUGAAGAAGAGACUGAAGAGGAUGAUGAUGAUGAGGAUGAGGACACUGAGGAAUAA